AUGCUGGUGCUCAGCUGCUCCAUGAAGCUGCAUAUGCUGGAGAAAAUGCUAAGAUGGAGUUUCCCCAAGUCCCUCAAGGUUUACGGAGCUGCGAUGAACAUCAACCAAAGGAACCCCUUCAGGAAGGAGGUGGUGGUGGACUCAUGGCCAGACUUCAAAGUUGUUAUCACCAAGCUGCAGAGGGAGGAUGAGAUGGAUGACCUUGACCAUUAUACUAAUGCUUGUGCAGUUUUCUACAAGGAGCUACAGGCUUACCAUGAGCUACUGGAACACACAAAUGCCAUCAGCUGGGGAAUUGCUAACCUCAUUUGCUGCUUCCCCAGUGUCUGUGUCUUGGAUGACAAUGGGUAUCCCCUUUCCUGGAGAACAGACCAGUUUGCCACCACAAUUCAUGGUUAUACCCUUCCAGAGCACUGGAGGAAGGGUUAUAGCAGGCUUGUGGCUACCACUUUAUCUAAGAAAUUACAUAGCUGUUGCUUUCCAGCACAAGGUAAUGUCCUGGAGACGAAUAUACCAUCAGUAACAUUGCUAAAAAACAUGAACGCCCAGUUUCCUCUCUUCUCAUUUUUCAGAGUGAUGCAUACACCUUUUCAUUUUUUAGACAAAUCUCACUUAUAG